GCCAGGGGCUCAUUUCACAACUUACCAAGGGUCAGCUUCCCUUGAGCAUGUACAGGUUCAGUCCUCAGGGCUCCUUGCCCCUGGCCAGCUUCCUCCUGGAGUGUCCCCCAGGCAGCCCUCGACAUGAUCUCCAUCACCGAAUGGCAGAAGAUUGGCGUGGGCACUGCUGGCUUCGGCAUCUUCUUCAUCCUCUUUGGAACACUCCUGUACUUUGAUUCGGUGCUCCUGGCCUUCGGAAAUCUGCUGUUCCUGACUGGCCUCUCCCUCAUCAUCGGCCUGAGGAGGACGUUCUCCUUCUUCUUCCAGAGGCACAAACUCAAGGGCACCAGCUUCUUCCUGGGGGGCGUGGCCAUCGUCCUGCUGCGCUGGCCUCUCCUGGGCAUGAUCCUGGAAACCUAUGGCUUCUUCAGCCUCUUCAGGGGCUUCUUCCCCGUCGCCUUUGGCUUCCUGGGGAGUACCUGCAACAUCCCCUUCCUGAGUGCGCUGUUCCGGAGGCUUCAAGGCACCAGUUCAAUGGUCUGAAGAGCAGAGAUGCACUCCUUGAACUUGGAUCACUGGGCGAGGGGGCUGGAAAGGAAAUGGGAGACAUCUCACAGGCGCCCACCCAGCACUGACUCAUCCCCUGAUGCAUCCGGACCUCUCCAGGUCCAGAAGGACGGACGGAGCUGAGGGACUGGCCUUGAUCCCCAAGUCAAUGCAGGAAGCCGUCAGGACUGCUGGGAACAGAGACCCAGGGCCCACGAGAGGAAAAGCAAAGAUUAAAUCCCCAAGCUGUGAAUGUG